AUGGUGUUCUCAAGCACAGCACUAACCCUAGCAAAGUACGCUCUCGGCACGUCAGCUGUCGGCGUUACAAUAGCCUUAGGGGGUCUCUGGUACUUUCAGCGCAAGCUUAUAUAUCCUUCCAACCUCCCGGAAGGCGCUCGUACAGUGGUCCCUAAGCCUAUAGAUGUUGGCUGUCCUUACGAAGAAGUGACACUCACUACCUCUGACGGCAUCAACAUCAAAGCCUAUGUCAUCCCUGUGCGCCGGCACCCAUCGUCUAUGUCGGAUAUCCGAGCGUUAAAAAAAGAGGAUAGGCGGGCAAGGGCGGAAGAGGAGAUGAUCAAGUGGGCGGCAGAGAUGGGUGAUGAAAAGUCCAUUUUGUAUGCAAAGUCGAGGCCGACGGUGGUCAUGUUCCAUGCCAAUGCGGGCAAUAUGGGGCAUCGAGUGUUGCUGGCCAGAAACUUCAAUGUAGACCACAGGUGCAAUGUCUUUAUGCUCAGUUAUCGAGGGUAUGGGUUGUCGGAAGGAACACCCUCGGAGCAUGGCCUAAAGCUAGACAUCCAAGCUGCUAUGAAGUAUGUUGAGGCCCACCCCAUACUAGGAGAUACCAAGAUUAUUCUGUACGGGCAAUCUCUCGGUGGCGCCGCCUGCCUCUACGCCGGUAGUAAGAACAAGGACAUUGUAACCGGCCUCAUUCUCGAAAACACAUUCUUCUCCUUGACCACCCUCAUCCCCCUCAUCCUCCCCCAGAUCCCCAAAUUCCUCCUCCCAAUACUCCUCACAGAGCACUGGGACGCCUCCAAAACGCUGCCCCUUAUCCCUGCCUCCACCCCCAUUCUCUUCCUCGUCGGCUCCAUCGACUCGCUCGUCAAAUUUCCACAGAUGCACAAUCUGAGAAAGCUGCGGGAAAAAGACGGCGGGAAGUGCCAGUGGAAGGAUUUUGAGAGGGGAGAUCAUAAUGACACGUGUGUCCAACCAGGCUAUUGGGAUACGAUCGGUAGGUGGCUCAAGGAAGAGAUUGAGGAAGGGAGCUUGGUGGUGGUGGAAAAGGAAUCUAGUAGCAGUGGAGAAGAGUUCAGUGAAGUGACGAGAGAAGAGGCUAUGGAGGAGAAAGCGUCCGCCUAA